CUUUCGAACGUUACGCUCAUGGCACGAGUUGAUUUUCUGUUCUUAAGUUGGUUUUAAAGAAAUUUUAAUUUGAAGUAUUUUUUUGUUUUAAUACAAACAGAAAAAAGGACGUGAUUUAUUUUUUUUUAAGUUUUUGUGCGAAUUUUAAUUGUGACAAUUUCUUCCCCAUCACCUUUUUUUUUUGGUGCGUGAUCAAAAAGAAAAUUGACUUAAGUGAAUUGCAAAAAAAAAUCAGUUGAGAAGAUAUUUUGAAGUUUUUGUUGUGGUUUGUAAUGGAUUUGAGAUAUCUCCAUCAACAAUUACGGCGCUGAAAGCGAAAUGCAAGGCAACGUUUGUAUGCCUCAAGAUCUGGAAACUGGGUCGUCGCCGCCACCACAGAACAAUUCAGAUAUCAAUGAGAGCGGAAUGGACUUAAGCAUGAACGAACCAAAGAUAAAAGCAGCCAAAGAGCUGAUACAAAAUCACCAAAGCAUUAUCAACGACUCCGGAUUUAUAUCCUCGAGCAACACAACCCAUCAUACAGAUAAUAACCAAAGCGAUUCGGAUAAUCGAAGCGAUUGUAGCAGUUCGCCAGAAAAAACUUAUUGUUGCCCGAUUUGUAACAACAUGUUAACCGGCCAACACGAAUUUACCCUCCAUAUAAGAUGUCAUAACGAAUCAGCAACAACCAACGAGAAAGGAGCUGGGUAUAUUUGUCGAAUUUGCGGCAAAGUUUUGUGUUCAAGUUCAAGUUUAGAUCGACACGUUUUAAUACAUAGCGGGGAACGACCAUUUUCAUGCAACAUUUGUGGCGAUACAUUUACUACAAAUGGAAAUAUGCAUCGGCAUAUGAGAACACAUUCGAUUAAAAACGAUUAUGAAUCGGAUAGUGGUGGAAGUAGUGAUGGAAGAAGCGAUACAAGAAGUGAAACAAGAAGUGAGACAAGAAGUGAGACGAGAAGUGAGACAAGGAGUGAAACUAGGAGUGAGGCAAGGAGUGAAACGAGAAGUGAGGCAAGAAAUUCUUGUAUUAAAGAGUUUAAUAAUAAUCAAAUUGAAAAAGGUUUUAAACGAAAGCUCGAAGAUAUGGAUGAAUUUAAAAAUGCAAGAAUCAAAAUUGAGUUAGAUGAUGAGCAAUUUAAAUGUCCUGUUUGUGAAAGAGAAGAUUUUAAUUCGAUUGAAAAUUUAAAGAUACAUUUAAUAGAUAACCAUCCAGAUCAUCCUGCUGAAUGUGAUUUAUGCAAAGCGAAUUUCCCCAAUAUAAAAGCGUUAAACUUACAUCGAAACACAGUUCACGCCGAUCAAAACGGAAAAAAAUCCUCAAUUAUAGGAUUUAGGGAUUUAACAGAUACCGAUUUUUCGAGCGAAAAGUUUCCUCACAUUGCUAAAUAUCGUUGUGAAGAGUUCCUGCAUAAAUCGUCAUCGAGCGAUGUUAAAUAUCAAUGUCAAAAAUGUCCGAGGGCUUUCCCAUGCGCAACUUCGUUACAGUUACAUGAAAAAGAUUGCGCUGCGACCGGAAUUAAUUUUCCCAUUCCAAAAAUGGAUCCUUCCUUAGUCAGAAAAACCGAAUUUUUUAAUACGCUAGACCUCCAAGAUAACUCCCCAGAAAAAAUCCAUAAAAAAAUCCUUGAUAACGUCAAAUUUGAUAACACCAAAGACCUUGCUGAUAUUCAAAGCAUCAUUUCAAUGACAGCUAAUGGAAGCUUUCUGCAACACUUAACAAAAACCGAUUCGCUCCCCCAAGAUAACCUGCAAUCAGAAAAAACUGAAGAAGAAGAAGCCCAAGAUUUAUUCGCGAUCGAAUUCAGAAAGAUGAAAUUGCGCGGGGAGUUCCCCUGCAGGUUAUGCACCGCGGUUUUUCCGAAUUUGCGAGCUUUAAAGGGCCAUAAUCGAACCCAUUUAAACGGAAAUAACAACGGAACUUAUCAUUGCAAUAUGUGCCCUUACUCCUCACCCGAUAAAGCAGCUUUAAUCCGACACAUGAGGACUCACAACGGAGAUAGACCAUACGAAUGCUCUUUAUGCAAAUACGCCUUCACCACCAAAGCUAAUUGCGAGCGGCAUUUGCGAAAUCGCCACGCUAAAUCAACAAGGGAAGAAGUUAAAAAUGCAAUAAUUUAUCACCCCUCCGAAGACCCAACAAACGACGAAUUAAAUAAAUUGGCGAAAGACGACAAAAAAUUAAACGUUUACGGAGAUGAAAUCGAAAAGAGUUCGCCUAAAACACCAUUGAAUGAGCCAUAUCCAAGAAGGGAGAUGAAUCAAUUUCCGUGGGGGAACCAAAACGUUCCAAAAACCCCUCCUAAACCAUCUUAUAGCAUCCAAGAAAUCAUAAAAAAUUUAAGCGAAAAUAAAUCUCCGAUGAUUCCGUUAAAUUAUUCAACACCCCCAUUGAUAACUCCCCCUAACUCAAUGCAUACAUCAACCCCGCAAAAACCAAAGAUCCAUGUAAAAAAUUUAGAGGCCCUCCAACACAUCGAUUAUGAAUCCGACGACCAUAUCGACAAACCAAUCGAUUUAAGCACAAAAAAAUCAAUCUCAAUGGAAAGCAUCAACAACGACGACGAUAAAUCAGAAGAUGAUGACUCGGAUCAUCGCGAAACCCCGGAAGAUUUAACCAAUAAAACCCCCCCAAUGAUGCGCUUCAACAACAUGUUCCCCCAAUUGCUUCAAAAUAGCCCCAACCCCAACCUAUACACCCAAUUAGCUUUGAUGAACAUCUCAAACAUCCCCCCAUGGGGGGCAUUUUCCCCAUUAUUCCUCCAAGCGAUUCAAAACCCUUUAUUACAACAAGAACAAGAAAGACUCAAAAGGCAAUUAAGCGGGGGUUCCGUCGUUAACAUGACAAACAAAGAAGUAUUCCCAAUCCCCCAAUACCCCCAUCAAUACUCCCAUCAACCCCCACUAAUAAAACCACCAAUCGAAGACAUCAAACCUUUAUCAAUCACAGUAGAUCCAAACUUCACCGAAAACAUCAGCAAAAUUCAAAGCCCCCAACAACCAAAACAAUCCGAAAUCACCCACUCACCAAAUUCCGUUAAAAUGGUCAUCAAAAACGGGGUGUUAAUGCCAAAACAAAAACAAAGAAGAUACCGAACCGAACGUCCUUUCGCUUGCGAACACUGCUCUGCGAGAUUUACGCUACGUUCGAAUAUGGAGAGACACAUCAAACAACAACAUCCUCAAUAUUGGUCGCAACGACAACGUUCGAAUUCGAAUCCCGGACGAAAACCCAACGGGAAUCAACCGAUUUCGAUUCCUAAUUACGAACCGCAAAGGAUUAAUCCGAAUCAAAACGAUGAUUUAAAAGAUAACAAUCAAAUUUCUUAUAAAUUAAAACACGCCAUUUUGGCGCAACAUCUACGUGGUACUCAUAAUAGUCAAGAAUAUAAAGCGGCGAAUUUGUUGAAUCCGAUUCCGAUUCAACCGAAACGCGAAGAGGAUGAUGAGUGCGCGUUGAUUAUUGAUGAACCGGUUGAUGAUCGUAUGGAUACUGAAGAAGAUGAAUGCGUUGAAAUGGAACGAAAACAACGGUUGUGCUUGGAGGAGAAAUUGAGGGAAUUUCAACAACCGAAAUUCGAUGUGUUGUUGAAUCAGAAAAGGAAUGAGGAUGGACAGGAUUUAGUUCCGGUUUCGAGGUUGUUGGAUAAUGCUUCUCAACAACCUUUUAAAGAUUAUUUUAAAAGUGAACGGGAGGAACACGAUGGUGAUAUUGUUAGUGAGGAGGAUGAAGAGGGUUUAGUUGCUAGUGGAAGUACAAGUGAAGCUAAUUCUGGAACGGAUGAGAAUAAAUCUGAAUCCGAAAAUCCAACUCAAGGCCCGGUAAAAAAGAAAUCAGCAUACUCUUUGGCCCCAAAUAGAGUAAGUUGUCCGUAUUGCAAUCGAAAAUUUCCAUGGACAUCUUCGUUGCGUCGUCAUAUUUUGACUCACACCGGUCAAAAACCGUUCAAAUGCAGUCACUGUCCCUUAUUGUUCACAACAAAAUCGAAUUGUGACCGCCAUUUAUUAAGAAAGCAUGGAAAUUCCGCAACAACCAUCGUUAACGACGUCACCAAUAAUAAUUCCAACAAUAAUUUUCUUGUUAGAAACGUACCAGAGCGUCCGUACAAGUGCAAUAAUUGCCCGAGUAGCACAUUUUCGACAGCUUCAAAUUUAAAAAAACACAUUCACGGCAAACAUCAAUCGAAUGAAGAUAAAAUAAGCCACGGUUAUGAUGCUGGAAGUAGCGAGGAUGAGAAGCAACAUCAUGAAUGGGACCAUCAAAAUUUAAAUGUUAAAAGUACCGAUGUAAUAGCGUCAUCUUCUGAUUUACCAUUUAAGUGCCAUUUGUGUGAUGGAUCUUUUUCGGAACGAAACGAUUGUUUAGAUCACAUAAGAGAUAAACAUCCGUCCGAAUUUGAUUUGUUACUAUCGAAAAAUGCUCUUGAUAACAACGCAUCUUCACCUCAAGAAGAGAACUCUCCGAACCAUCAUAAUCAAAACAACAACGACGAAGACGACCAAGAAAAUCGCGGUAAAUUUCCAGAUUAUUCAAAUCGGAAAGUAAUAUGCGCAUUUUGUAUGCGACGUUUUUGGUCCGCCGAAGAUUUAAGAAGACACAUGAGAACACACACCGGUGAACGACCAUUCAGUUGCGACAUAUGCCGUAGGAGAUUUACAUUAAAACACAGCAUGUUACGUCAUCGUAAAAAACAUAGUGCUUCGAGUGAAAAUGACACGAAUAUUAAUAGCGAUGAGGAUGUUAAUCCAAGUUUAGAAGUUAAAAUGAAAAAUUUAAUGAAAACGAAUCUAACUGAGGAUUCCGAUGGAAACGAAAGCGGCGAUUUGAUUAGUAAUUUACUUGGUAUUCAAGGAUCAAUUGUUGAUCAAGUUUUGACAGCUACAGCCGAUGACGCUGCUAAACUUUUGGGGGUUAAAAAUCAAGAAAAAUAAGUUUUAAAAUAAAGAAAGAAUCUAGUCAAAAUAGAAAAAAGUUCACUCA